GUACAACGAACUAACUUGACUUGCUUGCACAUAUUUUUCUUUGCAGCAAGACACAACACUUUUAAAGACACCAAGAAGCCCAACUAGCCAAACAGGGUCUUAAAAGAAAAAUUAAUAAAAUUACUGUUAAAAUCAUAGAAAGAUGAAAAAUAAAAAGUCUAAAAUUUAUGUCAAAAUUACGAAAAACGAAAAAAAGAAAAAUAAAUGGGAAUUUGAUGGUGUUGCUAAGCAACAUCAUUCUUGUCACCAGUCUACGCUCGACUAACUAUUGUUGACCUUAUGAAUUUUGGUACGUUAUGUCACGAAACAGAACUGCACAACUUUAGUCAAAAAUAUAUUUUCUGUUGCUCCGAUUGCCACUAAUCUUACAGAUAAUCAUGAAUGAAGGUAGCUGACGACGGGAGUUCAAUUUUUUAACCAAGUUAUGGGCUGUACGAUCAGCGCCGAGGCAAAACCGGUCCAGGAAUCGAGAGGAGAAAAAAGUUUGGAGCCAAAAGCCAAAACAACUAUUACAACACAAAAUACAUGCAGCAGGUCUUUGAAAACACAACAAACGUCAGAAGUUCAAGCUAAAAAGACUGAAAUUAUAACAGGACAAAAUACAGCAAACUCAAAAACUUCAAACGAAGCGAAAGCCUUUGAGGGGCGACCAACUGAAACAGCUAAAGUUUUAACAAUCCUGCAUUUUAAUGAUGUUUACAAUAUCGAACCACGAGAGAAGGAGCCUGUCGGAGGAGUUGCUAGAUUUGCUCAUAAACUUACAAGCUAUAAAGACUUAAAUCCUUUGACUGUGUUUAGUGGAGAUGUAUUGAAUCCAUCCCUGAUGAGUAGUGUCACAAGAGGAAAGCACAUGGUACCAGUUUUAAACUCACUUGAUGUCAACAUAGCAGUGUAUGGAAAUCAUGAUUUUGAUUUUGGUGUGGAUGAGUUGAUUGAAUUCAAUGAAGCCACAAACUUUCCCUGGUUGAUGAGCAAUGUUAUUGAUAAAACAUCAAAUGGACCACUUGCCGAUGGCGAUAUAAAAAAGAUAAUAGAAUGGAAUGGUAGAAAGAUUGGAUUCAUUGGCCUCGUCGAAGAAGAAUGGCUUGCAACUCUUGCUACUGUAGACCCCAGUGAAGUCAUUUUCCAAGAUUAUGCUACUCGAGGAACAGAACUUGCUAAGCAAUUAAGAGACGACGGAGCUACAUUUGUUAUUGCUUUAACUCACAUGAGGCUACCUAACGACACACGAUUGGCACAGAAGUCUCUUGGCAUUGAUCUGAUUCUUGGGGGACAUGACCAUCACUACGAAGUGAAGGAAGUGAAUGGCAUUAAGAUAAUAAAAAGUGGUUCUGAUUUCAGGCACUUUAGUGUGAUUACAAUUUGCUUUAGUGACGAUAAUAAUUUUAAUAUUGAUGUAGAGAAGAUUGAAAUUACAAGUGACAUCCCAGAAGAUCCUAACUUAAAAGCCAUUGUUGAUCAGUACAUGGAUGUCAUGAAAGAGAGCAUGGAAGAAACUCUUGGUCAAAUAGAAGUUGAACUUGAUGGUCGGUUUUCAAGUUUGAGAACAAAAGAGACAAACUUAGGAAACUUUGUCACCGACAUCAUGCACAACGUGUCCAAGGUUGAUGUUGUAUUGUUGAACUCUGGUACAUUAAGAUCUGAUGCUUUGCAUGCUCCUGGUAUUUUUAAGAAAAAGGAUCUUGUUGCUAUUCUACCAAUGCCUGAUGCAAUGGUUGUCUUAGAAUUAACAGGUGAACAGCUCUUGAGAGCUUUAGAAAAUGGAGUCAGUCAGUGGCCAAAACAUGAAGGCAGAUUCCCACAGGUUUCAGGAAUGAAGUUUGCUUUUAAUCCUGAUUGUGAACCUGGUCACAGAAUAGUUGAAAAUAGUGUUGUCAUUGGGGAUAGUCCAUUAGAACUAAAAAAGCUUUAUACUCUGUGCACAAAAAGUUACAUUGCAAAGGGUAAAGAUGGAUAUGACGUCUUUUUGGAGUGCAAAGUAGUGGUUGAUGAGGAAGAUGGCCAGAUCAUAUCAACUGUAGUCCAGAAUCAUUUUGAAUCCAUCAACAUCUUGAAGGGUGUAAAGUUGUCAAAGUCAAAACACAGACAAAGUAUUGUAAUGAAACACACUGGUGAUUCAAGAGCAUCAAUAUUGGAUGCAGAAAAGCAUCAUGUCAUGAUAGAUCCAAAGGUUGAGGGCAGAAUAAUCAAUGUCAAAGAAAUGAAACAUUCCCAGCCACAGGUAAUUGAGGACACAAAUGGAAACCAGGAGACAAGGGACAGCAGUAGUGAUGGUGCCAUUGAUGACAGUGAAGAAGUGACACGAGUCAUUCCAGGAAAAGUAAUUAGAAAUGAAGAGACAGUUGAAUCAAAUGGUGUUAUGGAAAAUGGAGAAAUUGAUCAGACAUCUACUGUACAGACAAAGGAAACAAAGCCAGAUCUUGCAACUGAGGAUGAAUAUUGGGACUUAUGGGAAGCUGUUAAAGUUGAUGAUGUAAAUACAGUCAAAAGGCUACGGGAUGGGAAAAAUAUUCGACUAACGAGACUUCAAGAUAACAAAACUAUUCUUCAUCUGGCAGCUGAACGCAACUCAUCAAAGGUUAUCGAAUAUUUAUUGACGGAAGGACGGUUGAACGUGAAUACCCUUGAUGAAAUACUGCAGGGAGUGCCUCUGCAUGGCGCAGCAGAAUAUGACAGCAUUGACGCAGCAAGAAUUCUUCUCGAUCACGGAGCAGAGAUUAACAAGCAGGACUUGAUUGGAAAUACAGCUUUACACAUCGCAUGUAUGAAUAGCAAGACUAAAAUCAAAGACUAUCUGUUGUCGCGAGGAGCUGAUACUUCCUUGAAAAACUCAGAUGGAGACUUCCCAUCAUUAUGAUAAUGAAUCAAAGAAACCGUCUCGGUGAACAACGCGCCGGACUGGGAUCCCUGUGUAUAUGUAUUUAUUGAUCUUCAAUCGACGGUGAUGAAUGAAAUGAAUUUUUACCAAUUAUAUUUAGGGAAUAAUAAACUUUUUUAUAUUAUUAA